CGUUGUGUCCAAAUAAACAAACCGUUUCCAAGUCAGCGCCUCGACAGACCACUUUAUUUGUCUUGUGGCAAAGCCGAGGCGUAACAUUUUGAAAGGUUGCGUCCAGGAGAUAGGUUCAGUGAGCGGGGAUGAGUGCAGGAGGUUAAAGGGGCAAAAUCACGGUUUCAAACUCAAAACGGAAAAAACAAAAAGUUUUGUUCUCGAAGGAACCGCCGGAGUACACCGCGAACAGCAAGAACCCAUUCAGCUCCGACCUCCGAUGCAAAGUUCUGUCGAGCCCCCCGAGCAUCUAGGGUUACUGCUCAACGCUUAUCUAAUCACCAACCAGGAGGGCAGGACUCUGAGGCGAGACAGGGACACACACAUACAGAGACACUAUGAACCCCAUCAUCGUUUUAGCUUAACUCUGCAACCUGAUUCUAAAGCUCCUCUGACUCUAUAAACAGACCAGAGUUUUAGCGCUUCCACACCCUGUCAGUCCCUUUAAUUGGAGGAAGAUAACCUGGGACUCAUUACGCUGUGCUGCAGGACACAUUGGAGACCUGCCUCUUCCAAACUAAAAAAAAAAAAAAAAAAAAAAUAUCAUCAACCUGAACUUGAGGCACCAGAACAGAAGAUGAGCAACACAAAGGGCUCCAUGGCAUAAAGCCCGUGCUCACAUUCAGCUGCUCCCAAGGGAAAGCUGCCGAGAAGCCCACUACUCUGACGUCCUGCUGUCAUUUUCCACAGCCUGAGGGGAACCAGGAAGCAGCCGGCAGGAGCCAUGCCUGCCCUGGCCACCGGAGCCGGCCACGAGCCAGGUCUGUAUGAGCUGCUGGCGGCUUUGCCGUCCCAGCUGCAGCCCCAUGUCAGCCGCCCAGAGGACAACACCUUCCUCCAGGACAUGUUUGGAGAGAGGAGCCUCCACUCGUUGGUCAAGAUCCACGAACGGCUGCAGCACUACGAGGAGAGCAAACCCGUCCCCGUCCUGGACAGCGCUGCAGCUCUGGCCCAAAAACUGUCUGAGGAGCUGGAAGGGAAAGCAGCCAGUGGAGAAAUCAAAGAGCUUCUCCAACUACUGGCCAAACCCCACAUCAAGAGCCUUCUGACCGUCCACGACACAGUUGCAAAGAAGAACUAUGACCCCGAACUACCUCCGCUGCCUGAAGACAUCGACGAAGAUGAGGAUUCAGUGAAAAUCAUAAGACUGGUUAAGAACAAGGAGCCUCUCGGAGCAACGAUAAGGCGUGACGAACACACAGGAGCCAUCCUCGUGGCCCGGAUCAUGAAAGGAGGAGCAGCCGACAGAAGUGGACUGAUUCAUGUUGGGGAUGAACUGAAGGAGGUCAAUGGAAUACCUGUGGAUGACAAGAAACCAGAGGAAAUCAUUCGUAUUCUGGCCCAGUCACAAGGAGCCAUUACCUUUAAAGUUGUUCCCGGCGCUAAGGAGGAGGCGCCUGCCAAAGAGCCAAAGGUGUUUAUGAAAGCACUCUUUGACUACGACCCUAAGGAGGACAAAGCCAUCCCAUGUAAGGAGGCUGGACUUCCCUUCAAAAAAGGCUCCAUCCUUCAGAUCAUGAGCCAAGAUGAUGCAACCUGGUGGCAGGCCAAACUUGAGGGCGACGCUAACCCGCGUGCCGGCUUAAUUCCGUCCAAACAAUUCCAGGAGAGGAGAUUUGCAGUGCGACGACCUGUUGCGACUCUCCCAUUCCAGAGGACCUCUAGCAAACGAUCAUCUGGUUUCAGGAGAAGCUUCCGUCUCAGCAGGAGAGACAAGAAGACCAACAAGUCCAUGUACGAGUGUAAGAAGAGUGAAAUGUACGACAUGGCCGACGUGCCCACGUACGAGGAGGUCACCCCAUACCGCAGGCAGAGUGGAGCUAAGCACAGGCUGGUGGUCCUAGUAGGACCCACGGGUGUCGGCAUGAAUGAGCUGAAGAGGAAGCUGCUGAUCUCCGACCCUCAACACUUCAGUGUGACCAUCCCACACACGAGUCGGGCCAAGAGGAACCAGGAGAGCGACGGCGUGGAGUACCACUUCAUCUCCAGAAACCUUUUUGAGACGGACAUCCACAACAAUAAGUUCAUCGAAUACGGCGAGUACAAAGGGAAUUACUAUGGGACAAGCUUGGACUCGAUACGCUCCAUCCUCUCCAAGAACAAAGUGUGCCUAUUGGAUGUCCAGCCUCAUACGAUAAAACACCUGCGGACGGCAGAGUUUAAACCCUUCAUUGUGUUCGUGAAGCCUCCGUCAAUUGAGAGACUGAGAGAGACCAGAAAGAGCGCCAAAGUCAUAUCAGGCAAGGACGACAAGGGAUCCGCCAAGCCGUUCACGGAGGAAGACUUUCAGGAGAUGGUGAACACCGCCCAGCUGAUGGAGACUCAGUAUGGUCAUCUGUUUGAGAAGGUCAUAGUGAACGAUGACCUCUCGGCGGCCUUCAGCGAGCUGCGCUUGGCACUAAAGAAAGUGGAGACGGAGACUCACUGGGUUCCUGUCAGCUGGACUCACUCCUGAGACCCACACUUACUGUAAAAGGAGAAAAGGGAAAGGUUUUGACAAAAAUAUGCAGGUUUUUAUCUUUUUUAUAUCUGCUGCGGCUGGUGUUGGGGGGGGAUAACGGGAAUAAAACAAGACAGCACCAGACUGCUGUGUCGCCAUACCUGAGGUGCACAGAGCUAAAAAUAAGUUUUUGCCUGGGAUCAGGUUGGAUUUAGACUUCAGCUGCGGUCUGGAUGUGAAUCUCCAGGUCUGACCAGAUCUGACAGGGUUGAGGCUAAGGGCGUCCGUCCAGAAUACGGGCCUUGGACAUUGAACUGGGUCUCAGUCUGGGUCACACAACCGUGACCACGAGUUAGAGCCCUUUGGUCCAAACCAGAAUGUGGAACGAGUCUGGACCGUCAUAGCACCAGCAGUCCUGCCAGCACAUCAGCAACCCCGCCAACCAGGGCUCCGUCUUUAGUGUGUUUAUAACAUUAGAGCAUUAGAAACCAAAGGGAUUGACAUAUUUCUUCUUGGUGGAGAACUUACAUGUAUACGUGUGUAAGAGAACACAACCUCUGAGGGGAAAAAUGGGGAGAAAAGAAAACUUACUUGCCUUCUGUCUUACUUUAUUUCUGUGCUUCUAAAAUGCUUUCAUGGCGGUUACUCCAAACAAAACAUUGUCAGGUACACUCUCAAAAAGGGCAAUAAGUGUAAUUUUAUUUAAGAGAAAUUAAUAUAUUUUCUAAUAUCCUCCAUUUGAUUUUUUUUUGCAUACCUUUUAUAUACAUAUCUUGACUUUUAGAGAAACCCGUUCUUAACUGUAGCCUCCUCUGUGACAGCUUUUUACACUUGAGGCAUCUCUUCUUUCAGUCAAGUGUUUUGAUUUCAUCACCCUAGUUGAGUUUUCCCCCUACAAAGCACAUAAAGAGCUAUUUUAUUUAGGUGUUAUAUAUUCCAUUUAGGAGCAUUUUGAAAAGCCACCCUUCAUGUGAAGGUGCCCAGCAUAACAGCUUUGCCAUUUAAAGUCCCAGAACUGGACACUCUUGGCUGUCUGCUGGAAGAAAAUGUUCACAAUUUCUGUUUUAUUAGGGUGGAGGCUCUAUUUUUAUUCACAUAAAAAUGGCUUCAGCAAGGCUGCUAAUAGUGGGUCCAUAGCGCACUUUCAGAAUUUUAAUUUAGAGAAAUGCUAAGUAGCUGCCCCUGACUUUAUGAGCAUUAGAGGUUUAUUGCUAAUUUGAGUCUCCCAUUCCCAGUCUAACUUAGUUGUUUUUUACUCUGUUCUUGUCUUUCUUAAGCUUCAUUUGUAGCGAUACUUAACUCUAACUCCUGGGAGACUGUUUUUAAAAGCAGCGACUCAUUAAUCAUGGCUCUGUCACUAUUAUUGUCAUUAUCACAGACCCUGGUAGAUCUUUGGUUCUUUGCUGCUAAUGUAGUGAAGGGGACAUAUUUUCCAGAUUAAAAGCACAACAUUUUGGGAAGUACAUGUCUAUGCAUACCUGUGGUGACUAACUUAGGGAAACAGCUAAGCUGCAUCUUUAAAGUUAUAAAAUAAACCAACCAGUACAAAAAUGUUGAAGCUUUAGAGGAGCUGAUAGAGGAGGAGGCUUGUUUUUAAACUGUUCCACGGCUAUGCUAAGCUAAUUAUGUGAGAGGGGUAUAAAUUUUCUCAUUUAACACAGAAACCAAAUAAGCAGAUCUCCCACAAUGUCAAACUGUUCCCAUAAAUAUACUUCUUUUUGCUUUGAAAAGUUUGCCACCGUGCUGGCUGUAUGUCCGCCUCAGGCUGCAUUGCCCAAAUUCAUCAUCAUCAUCAUCAUCAUCAUCAUGUGGAUAUAUUUUACCUUUUGCCAGCGACAAUGAUAUUUAUAGACUUGGUUUCUGUCCAUUUUAAAAAAGGGUAAUAUGAGUGUUUAUGCUGUGCACUAAUGAUAACACGAGUUUUAAAGGCACUUUAACACUGUUGCCCCAUCAUUUAGCUUUUUAUGUCAUUUAUCACAUUAAGUUCCCUUUUUCUGUUUUUUUUUUUACUCGUUCAUCUCUUCAUAUCUGACCCCUCUGCCAUCUGUUUUUUGAUCCAAAUCAGAUUUCUACAGUCUCCAGAAAAUCUUUUUAAUUCCAUGCUGUAAAUGAAAUGCUGUUUCUGAGGCAAAGGCGUAUGAAUUUACAUUAUUCUUGAUAACUGCUGCAUUUUAUAUUAAAGGAGAUCCA